UAAAAUUGAUUUUAUUAAUUUUAUAUAUAAAAAAAAAAAUAUGAUGGCUUUAAUCACACAGUUGAAGUUCAUAAUUUGUACUUAUUUACUUGGUAAAGUUAAUAGUUUUAAUGUUUUUACCGAAAUUACACCGGACAUUACAAUGGAAGGUUAUUCAGUAAUGAUUUCGUGUCAUUUCGGGUCUUGAAGAAAAUGAGUCAAUUAAUUCAAUAGAAUGGUAUAAUAAUGAAAAAUUAUUAUAUCGUUAUUCUCCAAAGAAUACGCUUAAUACUAGUGAUUUCAAUAACCCAAAUAUUUUUAUUAGUAAUUACAACGAAUAUAAAGAGGAGGUUGAUUUUAUUAGAAUGUUCUUAAUUAAUGUUACCAGAGAUUUUAGUGGCAUUUAUCGAUGUAAAGUCACACUUGAUACGCCUUCUUUAAUAUCAAAUGAAUCGUCCAGAGAAAUUAUAGUAUUGCAAAAAGAACACCCAAUAUUGAAAGUAGAAAAACUCAAAUAUACAAACGGUGAAAAACUUCGAGCAAAUUGUACGUCACCAACAACACAUUUUACUAAUAAUAUAACUUGGUUUAUAAAUGAUAAAGAGAUAACUAAUAAUAGACCAGAAACAUUUUUUUUGCCUGGUAUUUCAUUCACAUUGAUCAAGACUUUUUCGUAUUUGGAAUACAACGUUGUGUCAUCAAGCCAACUGAAAGUACACUGUUCAAUUACAUAUAGUCCAUUUCGACCUAUACAAAUAUCUAAAUAUUUUAAAAUUAAUAAUAAUGAUAAUAUCGAAAAAGUGAUUAAAGAAUAUACAAAAGAUAUAACUGAUGUAGAAGUGGUUGUCAACAGUGAAUAAGUUUUGUUACAUUGGU